CUCUCACAGCACACGCAACGGGCCACACCAGAGAUUUCUAGGUGGAAGCCAAGACGAAUAAAAUUACAUAACAGCAGCCUGCGCCAUAUGUCGACCCCACCUAGCCAACUCUCGUGCUUGAAGUGAUGAAGAUGCGCCUUGUUUCUGCCCUUUGCAUUGAACUCUUUGUCCAGCUGGCGCUGGCGGAUGAUACACCUAAGCAUGGUGAAGGUGAGGAAGGGAAGUCUAUGGGUCCGGUUGCUUUUCUUUGGCCUGAUGACCGAGUUUGGAAUGCUACGUACGAUAACGCCGGGCCAUGUGGCAGUCCAGCUGGAGUGACAAACCGAACAAUAUUUCCUCUUUCUCAAGGCGCAGUGGCUCUCACUAUUGCCGACGACUCUUGGGAGGUAGCAGUGAGGGUUGCGUUCUCGAAUGACCCAACUACACAGGCAGAGUUCAGUGAUCAGGUUGUCAAUAACGUUUCGGAGGUCGCACCGGGCCACCAGUGUUAUAGGCUGAACCAGCUCGAGGGCAAAACGGCUGGCACUAAUGCGACAAUCCAGCUGGAGUAUUGGUCGGAGUUCGAGGGCGAAAAUGACGGGAAGAACCAGUCGUUCUUCGCAUGUGCUGACGUUACCUUUGUCGAAGCGAAGGACUUCACGCUUGCGGUGCCAUGUUUCAACGUCACAAGUGACGGCUUCAACGAGCCGGCGCCCAGUAACACGCCCUCGUCAAUAUCUGCCGCGCCAACAAAUGCGGCACCGACCACCGCCUCUCCUGUUCGAGGAACUUCGUCCGGCAGCCUCUCUAUAGGGGCAAGGGCAGGGAUUGCGGUCGGUUCGAUAAUCGGGGGUUUGGCCAUCAUCGGAGGUAUCGCAUUUCUGGCAAUGAGGAAGGGUAGAGAGAGCGCCAGGAAGGAAAGGGAAGAGUACGAACUGCGGACUAAAACGUUGAGCACGUGAUCCGAGGAGAGUGGAGGAUGAAGGACGGAGAACGGCUGGCAUUGAUCCAAUCGUCAGGAGAGUUGCGAAGAAUACUAGGUUUGAAGUUUAGAGGUUCAUAUGCCUCUCUAACUUAACGAUGUCGCGAAUAGCCAUCCCGCCAAGACUCCACUCCGAAGGACCAUAGUAGCCUAGGCAGAGAGUGUGAGAGCCAAAUAUCUGAAUUUAUUUACGAUCGGGUUUAUUGGAGGGACUCCAGCAAGUCGCUAAAAUAAUCGCACCUGCCUACGCGCUGCUUUUCAGUAGAGCUGCCACCUAUCUGGACACUUGGUCUGUCCUACUUUACGCCACCACCAUCUUCCUAUUCUAGAGCAUCUGCAUUCUCUUCUCCCCU